AUGGCCGCUGGAGAUGCAGCAUUGCAGGCCAUGGGAUACGAUCAGGAGCUGCACAGAUCGUUCUCUCUCAUAGGCGUCAUCGGGUUCUCCUUCAGUAUUGUUACGUGCUGGACUGCUCUCGCUGGUACCAUGACAGUUGGCAUCGAGGCAGGCGGCCCUCCGGUCAUGGUCUGGUCAUGGAUUGCCGUGUCCGUCUGCGCCCUUGCCGUCGCCCUGUCCUUUGCCGAGUGCUGCGCUCAGUACCCCGUCGCCGGCGGCCAGUACUCGUGGGUCGCAGCGAUCGCGCCAAAACGGUUCGCCCGUGGCAUGUCCUGGGUGACGGGCUGGUUCAUGCUGAUUGGCCUCAUUGCCAUUGGGGCCGUCAACAACUUUAUUGGCGCAAACUUCAUUCUCGGGCUGGCGAAUCUGGUCAACCCCGACUAUGUAAUCGAGCGAUGGCAUACCACGUUGCUCUGUUAUCUCAUCAUUCUAAUCUUUGGCAUCAACAACAUCUUUGCGCCCCGCCUGCUCGACGGCCUGUCCAAGUUCUUGUUAUUCUGGAACAUUUUGUCCUUCUUCGCCGUUACCAUAACCAUGGUUGCAACUUGCAAGGAGUACCAGUCGCCAUCUUUCGUCUUCACUUCUUACCGGAACGAUACAGGCCUCAAUCCUGCUCUUGCCGUUAUUGCUGGACUUUUGCAGUCUUUGUUCGGCAUGUGCUGCUACGAAGCUCCGGCACACAUGGUCGAGGAGCUCCGCAACCCUACCCGUGAUGCCCCCAUCGCCAUGGUUACUGCGGUACUUUUGGGAAGCGUGACCGGAUUAUGCUUUCUCGUCGCCAGCUUCUUUUGUGUUGGUGAUAUUGACUCGGUGGCCAAUUCUUCCACCGGCGUACCGCUGAUACAAAUCUUGUACAAUUGUACGCAGUCCAUUGGAGGUACCUGCGUGCUGUCGAGCAUGAUUAUAGUCAUUGUGCUGUUUUGUGCAAACAGCCUCAUGGCCGAGACCUCCCGAUCCGUCUAUGCCUUUGCCCGCGACCGCGCCUUGCCCUUUUCCAAGACGUUCAGUGCCGUGCAUCCAAGGCUGGCAAUACCUGUGCCUGCGAUUCUAUUGACAAUGGUGGGACAGGCAGUGUUGAACACCAUAUAUAUUGGCAGCUACACUGGUUUCAACACGGUUGUAUCCAUUUCUACGCAAGGGUUCUACAUCUCGUACGCCAUGCCGCUUGUGGCCAGGCUCAUGUCCGAGAUUGGAAGUGACGCAAAGCCGAUGAGGCAUCCAAAGUAUAGCCUCGGACGCUGGAGCUUACCCAUCAACCUUUUUGGUGCCGUAUUUCUUAUCGUGGCGUCCAUCAGUUUCAGCUUUCCAAGCGAAGGCCCCGUCACGGCUGACAACAUGAAUUAUUCCUCGGCGGCUAUCGCUGUAAUAAUGCUAAUUUCAUUGGCUACCUGGGUCUGUGGUGGAAGGAAGAACUAUUCCAUACCAAACUUUAUCGAUAUUAUUGAUAGUGUCGAUAGCAGCAACACAGAGGGUGGGGAGCACGGCGUUGUUACAACUUCUGAAAAGGUAGAGGCCUCGUCUGCAAAGUCAAGCACAUAG